CCCAGCGCUCACUUUCUCCGCCCUCACCAACGACAUCCAUUCCGCAAGUAUGGCUGCCGUUCAGAGCGUCCAGUGCUUCGGCAAGAAGAAGACUGCCACCGCAGUCGCACACUGCAAGCAGGGCAAGGGCUUGAUCAAGGUCAACGGCAAGCCGCUCUCGCUCGUCGAGCCACAGGUCUUGCGCUUCAAGGUCUACGAGCCAAUCCUCCUUCUCGGUCUCGACAAGUUCGCCGACGUCGAUAUCCGUGUCCGCGUCCGUGGUGGUGGUCACACCUCCCAGGUCUAUGCCAUCCGUCAAGCCAUCGCCAAGAGCAUCAUCGCAUACUACCAGAAGUACAUCGAUGAGCACUCCAAGAACCAGCUGAAGCAGGCUCUUGUUGCUUACGACCGUACCCUCCUCGUCGCUGACAACAGACGAUGCGAGCCAAAGAAGUUCGGUGGUCCAGGUGCUCGUGCCCGCUACCAGAAGUCUUACCGUUAAAUGGCGGUCACAAUUUAUGCCAAUAUGGGAAAAAGCGAUGGCGUUGUACUGCAGUAGAUCGGAAUCUGCGCUGCUGGGUUUGCUGCAUGGCUUUAGGCGCAUAUGGAGGGAUACCCUCCGGCUUGAUGGCUUCUGUGGACGCUGAAGUGGCAGCAGUAGCAUGAGUGAAAUGCUCAUAGAGAGUCGGCUUAAGCGAAUCGAAUGACAUUCCAUCCAACCAUCAAUUGCUUCAUGCAUUAAGCUUAUUCAACUUCUGUGCAGCCUUGAUGAAUAUUGUGAAUAACAACGCCAACCCACCCAUAUACGCUGCUGUUCUGACCUUUGCUAUGCCCGCAGUCUCGGCAGCAAUAUAGUACCGAUUAUAGAAGAUCCGACUAACCAAAUAUCCCAAAGUCAAGCCAUUGAGAGUCAACGGGUCUAAACCAGCAAAGCUACCGGCGGUGACAGCUGCAGCAAAUAGUCCAAAGUUUUCGAAACCAUUGGCACACGCUGCUUCAGCACGACGAAUACGUCCUCUUUUGGACUCGUCUAGUUUCGUGUUGGCUGCGACUUUCCCCUGGAAAUCCCGGGGGACUCUGGUAUCGAAUUUCUCGCUGGUCUCGGCCUCGAAAAGCUUCAAGGCGAAAAUCCGCGGAUAGAUGGAGAUGGCCCAGAAUGCGGGAAUUGUGUAGAGGGCGAUGUUGUCUCGUCGCAGGUCGGGGAGGUAAAAGACCAUGAUGUGGGAUGAGUACUACAGGUAUGAAUGGUCUUGGAGCCGCUCGUCCUGGUGGGAUAUUGCUGUUCUUGCUAUUGCUGCUGGUGGAUAAGAAUACUGCUGUUGUUGUUAUCUGAGUGAUGUCAAAGACGCAUGGUGCGCUACGUGGGAAAUCUGGCGAUUGGUCAACGGAAGGUCGA